AUGGGUGGGAUAAAUAAAGACGAUGUUGAGAAAUACUUAGAGAACAACCCCCAGUUUGCCAAGGAGUAUUUCGAUCGAAAGCUGAGGGCAGAAGUGCUGGGAACUGUCUUCAAAGUCAGCCCUGGGGAAGUGAAGGAUGGAGUUUCCUUCAAAGAGAUGUCCCGGCUGGAGGAGUCUCAUUUGCUCUUUGAGCUGCUGACAGAAAUCCAGGAGGAAGCAAGCAGCAUGGAGAAGAUAGUACACAAGGCCCUACAGAGGCUGGCACAGCUGGUGGCAGCUGACCGGUGUAGCAUGUUCAUCUGCCGUGCCCGCAAUGGCACCCCUGAGGUUGCCACCAGACUUUUCAAUAUCACUGCCACCUCCAAGUUUGAGGAGAACCUGGUGGCCCCAGACAAUGAGAUUGUUUUUCCUCUGGACAUUGGGCUAGUGGGAUGGGUUGCUCAUACCAAGAAGCUUUUUAAUGUACCUGAUGUGAAAAAGAAUAACCAUUUUUCUGACUUUGUGGACAAGCAAACUGGUUACACAACUAACAGCAUGCUGGCAACCCCUAUUAUGCAGGGCAAGGAGGUGCUUGCUGUUGUAAUGGCACUUAACAAAAUAAAUGCCCCCGAAUUCUCUAAAGAGGAUGAAGAGGUCUUUAAGAAAUACCUCAAUUUUGUUUCUGUUGCCAUAAAACAAUACCAUAUCACAUAUCUCUACAAUAUUGAAACCCGAAGAAGUCAGAUGCUUUUGUGGUCUGCCAACAAAGUAUUUGAAGAACUGACAGAUAUUGAGCGACAGUUUCACAAAGCACUGUACACUAUUCGAAUGUAUUUGAACUGUGAAAGAUACUCUGUUGGUCUGCUGGAUAUGACCAAAGAGAAGGAGUUCUAUGAUGAAUGGCCAAUCAAGCUGGGAGAAGUAGAGCCUUAUAAAGGACCAAAAACACCUGAUGGCAGAGAAGUCAUCUUUUAUAAGAUUAUUGAUUAUAUUUUAGUUGGAAAAGAAGAAAUCAAAGUCAUUCCGUCACCUCCUGCAGAUCACUGGAGUCUUGUCAGUGGGUUGCCAACGUAUGUUGCUGAAAAUGGAUUUAUUUGUAACAUGAUGAAUGCACGAGCCGAUGAGUAUUUUUUAUUUCAGAAAGGGCCUGUGGAUGAGACAGGCUGGGUAAUCAAAAAUGUCCUGUCUUUGCCUAUUGUCAACAAAAAAGAAGAAAUUGUGGGAGUAGCUACAUUUUACAACAGAAAAGAUGGAAAACCCUUUGAUGAAUUUGAUGAACAGAUCACUGAAAGUCUUACACAAUUCCUUGGAUGGUCUGUUUUAAAUACUGACACCUAUGACAAAAUGAAUAAGCUUGAAAACAGGAAAGACAUUGCUCAGGAAAUGCUCAUGUACCAGACAAAGGCCACCCCUGAAGAAAUUCAGUCCAUAUUGAAAUACAAAGAGAAAUUAAAUGUAACCAGUAUUGAAGACUGUGAUGAGAAAGCCCUCCUCAAGAUUUUGAGAGAGGAAUUACCUGAUCCAAAGGAAGUGGAACUUUAUGAAUUCCGCUUCAGUGACUUUCCCGUUACAGAGCAUGGCUUGAUUAAGUGUGGAAUACGAUUAUUCUUUGAGAUAAAUGUGGUUGAAAAAUUCAAAGUCCCAGCAGAGGUACUUACAAGAUGGAUGUACACAGUCAGAAAGGGUUAUCGAAAUAUAACUUACCAUAACUGGCGGCAUGGAUUCAACGUGGGACAGACAAUGUUCACCUUACUAAUGACAGGUAGACUAAAGAAAUACUAUACCGAUCUCGAAGCCUUCGCCAUGGUUGCGGCUGCUUUCUGCCAUGACAUUGAUCACAGAGGGACCAAUAAUUUGUAUCAGAUGAAGUCAGCUGCUCCAUUAGCAAAACUUCAUGGAUCUUCCAUUUUAGAAAGACAUCAUCUAGAGUACAGUAAAACUCUGCUACAAGACGAGAGUUUAAACAUCUUCCAGAACCUAAAUAAGCGCCAGUUUGAAACCGUUUUACAUUUAUUUGAAGUUGCAAUAAUAGCAACUGACUUGGCUUUGUAUUUCAAGAAACGGACUAUGUUUCAAAAGAUUGUGGAUGCAGUUGAAAAAAUGCAAACAGAAGAGGAAGCAAUUAAAUAUAUAUCUAUCGACCCAACCAAAAAAGAAGUUAUCAUGGCUAUGAUGAUGACUGGUUGUGACUUGUCAGCUAUAACUAAGCCGUGGGAGGUGCAAAGUCAGGUUGCCCUUAUGGUUGCGAAUGAAUUUUGGGAACAAGGUGAUCUGGAGCGAACUGUGCUAGAGCAACAGCCAAUUCCUAUGAUGGACAGAAACAAAGGAGAUGAAUUGCCUAAGCUUCAAGUUGGUUUCAUUGAUUUUGUGUGUACAUUUGUAUACAAGGAAUUCUCAAGGUUUCACAAGGAAAUUACACCAAUGUUGGACGGGCUUCAGAACAACAGGGUGGAAUGGAAAACACAGGCUGAUGAAUAUGAAGAAAAGAUGAAAAUUAUUGAGGAAGAAAAGAAAAAGCUGGAAGAAGCAGCAGCCAAAAAAGCUGAACAAGACGCAGCGAAAGGUGGAGGAGGAGGUGGCGGAGAUGAUGAUGGCAAAUCAAAAACAUGUAUAAUUUUGUAAUGCAUUUCAAUGGCACUAAAAGAGUCUCAAAGUCUAUGUUUCUGCUACAGGAAAAAAUAUCUAGAAAGAACUUCAAAAAGCCUCAGUGGAUUUCUGCAAAGCAUAGGAUAGCAUAGGCCAGAUAAUCCUCUUAAACAACUGCCAUCUAUUCGGUGUCAUUACUAAUGGCAUAAAAGAGGCAGAAUCCAUUGAAAACUAGAAAACAUGAAUGAUGGUGCAAAAUAAGUUGAUUAUGAGUUCAAUUCUUGGUAUUGUUUCUUGUCACUCAAUUUAUAUACAGUAUUUUUUAUUAAAAUGUAUAAAUGCUGCAGACUGUCCAGAAAAAUAUAAAUGAUUUUUAAUGGUAGAUUACAACCAGUAAUUUCGUUGACAAGAUCUAAAUUGCACAUACCAUAACCAAAAAUUGCAGACAAUUUCAUAACUCACAGCUUUACAUUUUUAUAUUAUGUUUAUUUCUUUCAUCUGGACCGAACUAAACCCCAACUAAACAAUCCUGGAGUUGUCCCUUUUACCACUUCAGAAGACCUAACUACUCACAUCAGUCCUGUGCCUAAAAAAC